UGACUGAGGUGAACGAGUUUUAAUUACGAAGACGGAGACAGUUUCAUAUUAUCAGUUCUAUUAAUUACGGGCUUCAUUAUUAAUACUUAUAAGGAGAUGAAACUACGUACCUCGCCUUGUAUAAUUACGUUAUAUAUAUAUAUAUAUAAAUGGGUAAUGAUACCUAAUCAUGUUUUAUAUAAUAAUUGUUAGCGAGAAGCUCGCUUCACAAUUUCUUCACCAUGAAAGCAUUUCUCAUAUUUUGUCUGAUGUUCCUGACUUUGUGUUGUAAUGUGCAACCAGAUCCAUUGCCCCAGAAAAUUCCUUCUGAAAAUUUCUCUUGCCACACAAUGAAAGAUGCUCUCCAUCGUGAUGGUUUCAACGAUUUCCACUGGGCUACCAUUAAUGCUGAUUUUUUGAGAGACGAAGUUACUUUUGUUAACCGUAAAAACUUUACUCUCAGCAUUUAUACUGAAUCCUUCAACAUCGAUCUUUUGAUCUGGGAACCAAGUUCUGUUUUCCAUCCCAACUGUGAAGUGAUCCUAUUCGACAGUCAAGAAGAACAUGUUCAAAAUGUCACAUUUCUUCCGAAAUGUCACGUAAUUGGUAAAACUCUAAAUGGUAAUGGAAUGGCAUCUUUAUCUUUUUGUGAUGGUUUGCGUGGAAUAAUUACUACUAAUGGAACGGAUUACCAAGUAUUACCACCAGAACCAAACUGUAGACCAGGUCAAUAUCUUCUUGCAGCCAGACAAUCCGGAGUCCUUUGGGAGAAUGUUCUGAAACAAGUCCAAAGUAUUGAACAACCCAAGGAGAGACUUAGUAUAGAGAUGGCUCUUGUAUAUGAUGAAUAUAUGUAUAAAUACAUGGAAGAAGUGAUGCAAGCUAAAACAUUCCUCCAAAAACUACAAUACAUUAUCACGACUUGGAAUACCGUUCAAUAUGAAUUUCUGAAAGAAAACGAAUUAAAUUAUUCUGUGAAGUUCUUAUUAGUUAACAUAUUCUUUUGGAAGACAAAUCAGAUUGGAAGUGUGUCUACAUUAAGACAAAGACUGUCUAAGGCUUGCACGUGGGCAAACCAGAGAAGCCUGUCUGUUGACCAUAUACAUAUUGUGAGCGGAGUCCAGGGUAGUUUUGCACUUGGCCUCUCAAUGUCAGCUUCAGCUUGUACAUCAGCAAAAUGCUCGCUGUCAAGAUCUUGGGAGUGGCUAUCUCGGAAUACAUUAAGUCAUGAGCUCGCACAUAAUCUUGGGAUCCCGCAUGAUGCAAUGACACAUUGUGGUAACAUGACUCAAGAAAGUUCUGGAUUGAUGGGAUCACGUAAGACUGGCUGGAGUCAAUGUUCCUCGUGGCAUUUACGACGCUGGUUGAAAAGCGGCAAAGGCAAAUGCUUAAAGACAGUGAACGUUUUCAUUCCGGAAAACAAAAGCGUUAACUCAACCAAAGAUCUUCUCAAUACGAACGGCUAUGGCCUGCUUCCAGCAAUGUAUGAAAGUUCUGAUGUGUUGUGUCAGCAAAGGUUUGGCGAACGUUUCCAAUACAUCCCUCUCUAUCCUGAACAUGUUUGUGGGAUUCAGUCUUGUGCUAUUUUACUGCCUGGCCCUGAUUAUGGCGUCCUGAAGGUUAACAACCACGGCUUGGAUGGGCUUUACUGUGGUCAAGGAAAAGUCUGCCGUUUUGACAUGAGAUGUGAAAAUCUUACUGAAACUAAUCUCUGGGUUCCUAUAUUAGUUGUGAGUGGAGGGUGGAGUGAGUGGAGUCCUUACGCUGACUGUAGUCGAUCGUGUGGGGCUGGAGUCAGAAUAUCAACACGGAGAUGUGAUAAUCCAAGACCAGUCAAUACAGAAUGGUGCAAAGGCCAGUCAAUCCGCGCCCAACUCUGCAAUGUGCAGCCCUGUUUCAAUGACAGUAGCAAUUACUUCGAACUGGUGAAACAACGAGCUUCUGAAGUAUGCACCAUGUUACUACAGUAUGGUUACCUUGAUUCCAAGAACUUUAGUUCCAAUGGCAGAACGUUAGCCAGUCCAAACGGAACCUUAAAAUACUUUAAGAUGUAUCCGAACAGAUCUGUGAAAGGAUUUGAUGACUUGGGCAGAAUAAAUAACGUGUCAUUGGAAGAAUGUGCCAAUGGAUGUCUUGUAAAUAAAGAAUGUUAUUCUUUCGAAUAUAAACCGACGAACCGAAAAUGUGAUUUAUCGUCCAUAUCUACGAAGGCACACGACUUAAAUCCAAAUUCUUUAUGGGACUUCUAUGAAAGAGAAUGGAAAGCCUUAAAAUACUUUAAGAUGUAUCCGAACAGAUCUGUAAGAGGAUUUGAUGAUUUGGGCAGAAAAAACAAUGUGUCUUUGGAACAAUGUGCCAGUGCAUGUCUUGUAACUAAAAAAUGUUAUUCCUUCGAAUAUAAACCGACGAACCGAAAAUGUGAUUUAUCCUCCAUAUCUACGAAGACACACGACUUAAAUUCGAAUAACUUUUGGGACUUCUAUGAAAGACACGACAAAGACUGUCCUCAGAAUGGUAUUUGUGAAGUAAGCUGUGUUCCACUUCAAGAAAACGAGAUUCUCACGUCAGUUCACCUGGCUUUUCUUCCUGAUGGAUCACCGUGUCAUACUGACGUGGACACUCAGUGGAGAUGCAUAAGAGGAAGCUGUCGAAAAUUCGAGAACCAAACAUUUUCAGGAUAAAGAAGAUAUUUACAAGCUGUACGCCAAGUGAUUCCAGCCACCCUCAAAACUCCUAUAGCUUUUACUGUUGAUAAUUUCAUAUUCAAUUUGAAGUAAAUGAAUAACGCAGUGAAAAUAUUGUUGACAAUCUUUUAAUCGAAAUAAAUUUAAUAAAAUUUCAAUAUAUAUAAAUUCGUGCAAAUCAAAUAACAUUUUGUGAGAAAUUAUUAUUAUUAUUAUUAUUAUUAUUAUUAUUA